GGUGACGGCGAUCUCGUAAUGCUUCGCUCAGAUCCGCUCGAGCGCUCUUUCGCUAUCGAGUGGCUCACAGGUCUCGUCAAACGAUCUGAUGCAUGGGCUGAGGCUGCAGGCGAUGCUGGAGGAGCCGAGGUCGAAAAGGAAACUGAUUUACGCAGCUUGGUGGUCGAUGACGCGGCCAACAUCCUUGCACGUUUUGCAGGGGACGAUGAAGAAGAAGAGGAGCUGACGAGGAAGUUUACAUUUCCCUUUUGCGCAAAUACAAAUAAACCGCAUGGAAACUCGGAAAUAAUAACAGUCGAGCUAAACGAUGCCCCUUUAGAUCGCACGGACCAUACGUCCGUUGGAUUGCAAAGCUGGGCAAGCUCAAUUCUGCUUGCGAAGAAAAUGUGUUAUGAGCCGAGGAAGUUUUUGGCCCCAGGGGAUGCUGUGGAGGGUAACUCAGGAAUCGAUACAGAAUAUAGAAAUGAAGAAGAAAAAGGACUACAGACUAGGAGGAUUCACGUUCUAGAGCUUGGAGCGGGGACUGGUUUAUUAAGUAUUGUCACUGCUAAAGUGCUUGGACGACUUUACCGAAACAGAAAUUCGGCUCAAACGGUGAAAGGAGAAGUAAAAGUGGUUGCUACGGAUUAUCACCCAGACGUGAUAGCCAACCUCGCUCGAAACGUACAGACGAAUUUUUCUUCCUCUUCGCAUCCUGUGCGGAUCACUACCCUCGAUUGGUCUCGCCCCAUCACCCCUGAAGGCUCACCCUUUGAUGUGAUUCUCGCUGCGGAUGUGAUCUAUCAUCCACAACACGCGUAUUGGAUCAAGGCAUGUGUCGAGGCGCUGUUGACGAAGCCCGAUGAUAAUGGAGGGGGGAACGGUGGCAUCUUC